AAGGAGGGCAGAGGGGAAAAUAGACACAGCUCAGUCAGAGAGGGGUGGGAUGGAUUAGGCUCAGACAGACAGCAGACCGGCUGUCCCAGCCAGGCUGCGCUGAUCCUUCACUCUCCGCUUUGCUCCCUCCUCUUCAUCACCGGCCACCUGCCUCUCCGAGAAUAACUCCCGACCGCUCAGGACCGAGCGAGCCUCGCCGCAGACGGAGAAAGGGCGACAUCCCCCCACAUUCGCUCCGGGCGUUCUUGGCGACGGGGAUUUGUCGUCGUUACCGGCUGAGGAGCGCUCCUGCUUCUCCUACCACCCUCCACCCUCAAAACCUCUCGACUGCCCUCCUACCCUCUACCCUGCCCCGUCCGUCCCCUCAGAAGAAGCCACUUGCAUGGAUGCAGCAUGGCCACGUUCGUCUGCAGGGUUCAGUUUUUAGAUGACACCGAUCCGUUCAACAGCACUAACUUUCCAGAGCCGACCAGACCCCCGGUGUACACCUUCCGGGAGGACAUCCCCCUCAUCAACCAGCUAGCGGGCGUCCAUCGGCUCCUCAAAGCUCCACACAAGCUCGACGAUUGCACACUUCAGCUGUCCCACAAUGGGACCUACCUGGACCUGGAGUCCUCGCUGGCCGAGCAAAGGGACGAGCUGGAGGGGUUUCAGGCGGACGAUGCAGGGUCCAGAGGGAAGAAGCACAGUGUUAUAUUGCGGACCCAGCUGACCGUCCGUGUUCAUGCCUGCAUCGACUGCUGGCAACACUGAGCAUCACGACAAAUAAACCAGCUCACAUCCAAAGUGAAGUUUGAUCUCGUGUCCUCUUUCCUGUAUCCUGACCGAUACACCAUCCUGUUGGCUACAAAUACCUGAGAACCUAUCCUAACUAACACUGGUCCUUCGAGCCGGAUAGAAGCUAUCAGGAUGGAGCCAGACAGAGCGACAUUCCCUGAUGUGAGACCUAAACGGCAGUCACGCCGACCAAGCCGAUUUGAUGACUUCGAAGUUGAGUACACACAUCAUUCCAUUAGGGAAACACCACAUUGGGAAAUCCCCCCGCCUAUCCCAAGACAUGUGGAACGCCAACCUGAGUAUAGCAAUGCACCACCUUUCUACGGUGAUAGUGAUGUAACCUGCCCUCCUACUUCUCCUCGGCUGGAGAGAAGUGAACAAGGGAGGAACUAUGGGAAUCUCACACCUGAACUUUCCCCCUACAACCUGCGGGAGUUCCCCAUCCAACCCCCUCACACAAGAUUUAGAGCUUUGCAGGUGGAAAGAGAGAAGCUACUUCAAUCACAGGAAGUUCUACAGGAGGGCCUGAGAGAACUUAAUGAAGCGAGGAGUGACAUCAAAGCACUGAUUGAAGCUGCCCACUCACUGAGAAAUGACAUGGCUCAGCUGACUGCUUCAAAAUAUACCACGUAUCAGCUCCCUAUGAGUAGCUCAGAAAGGGUGUACACUACCACCACUAACACAGGACCGAUUAAAGAUGAAGAUGAGGAGGAGUGGCCUGAUCCACCUCCGUGGCCUGAACCUGGAGAGGAGCUGCCUACAGGAUUUUCCAAACUAAAGGUUGAAGAACAGUAUUCAGAUCAUGGAUUACAGUACUACCCUCCGCCUAAUACAGCAUCUUCGCCCCGUAAAUCCUUUCUGCCGACACGCAUGCCUCAGGCUCAGGAGCAUAGAGAAAAUGAGUUCUACGCUCCUCCACAACAUCCUGAGCCAUCCUCAAAGCGGACAUCAAGAAAUGCAGGUCUGCUGCAACCAAACCCUGUUCAGGUUAAACCCCCUACUUCAGUCACAGGGGCGGCGUGUGAGAUGUCGAACUGGCAUGAUUCAGCCCCACCUCUUUCAUCUGAGAUGGUAUAUAGGGGGCCCAAACCCACAAUCCCCAAGUUCAUCCAUUCAGAUCCUACUGAGUUUGCCAGGCUCCGAAUGGCCCUGGAGAACCUACUCCCUCCUAACGCAACCGAACUCUUUAAGUAUCAAAUACUUGUGGAUCACCUUAAGUUUGAUGAAGCUCGAUUAAUAGCUGACGCUUACCUGAAUUCACCAAAGCCUUAUACUGAUACCAUGGCUGCCCUCCAUGAUAAAUUUGGACAACCUCAUCAACUUGCUUUAAGAAAAAUUGCAAGUGUCCUAGAUGGCCCAGAAAUAAGGAGAGGUGAUAUAGUAGCUUUCCAAAGGUUCUCUCUCCAGGUGCAGUCACUAGUUGGUCUGUUGCAAACACUGGGCCUUGAGGGAGAAGUGGAACUGAAUUGCGGCUCUCACGUUGCCCGCCUGAUAAGCAAGCUCCCUCCAGAGCAAAGAGCUGAUUUUCGUCGACAUCAGUUCAAACAGCCUGGCACCACCUACACCCUCCAUGACUUAUCUGAAUGGCUUCGCCAAGAGUCAUGGUGUCAAGGCUUCGAUAACCAAGCUGG